AUGGACAGGCCAGGGAGAGCCUUACAGGAAGAGCAGCUUCUGUGUGGUGGAGCAGGGUUGUUCAUGUCCUUCUGGGAGGGCUUUGGUGAGGAGAAGUGGUCUGACUGCCUGCUCGAAGUUGGGAGCUGCCGCAUCGGAUUAUUAAUGGGAGAUGGACGGACCAGGGAGAGCCUUACAGGAAGAGCAGCUUCUGUGUGCCGUCGGUCUGGCCAGUAUACAAUGAACCAUGACCAUUCCAAGAAGCCCCCCGAUGGAGCGUCGUUUGACCGCUCAGGAUCCCAGGACUCCUUGGAUGAACUGUCAAUGGAUGACUACUGGAAAGAACUUGAAAACAUCCAUGAAACCAGAGGAAAUAAUCAUGAGGAACGAGUAGCGCUUGUAGUGAAAGAGCCAGACGAGGGAGAACUGGAAGAAGAAUGGCUGAAGGAGGCAGGUCUGUCGAAUCUGUUUGGCGAGAGCUCUGGGGACUCCCUGGAAAGCGCCGUCUUUCUCUCCACCCUGACCCGAACCCAGAAGGCGGCGGUAGAAAAGCGAGUAGAGACUGUCACGCAAACCAUGAGGAAAAAAAACAAGCAGUACCAGAUUCCUGAUGUCAGAGAUAUCUUCAGGGUACAAAACGACUCAAAGGGAAAAGUCUGUGACGGAAGUGAACCCUCAACUGUGGGAACAAGUGAAAACAAGAACGAAACACAAGAUGAAACAAAAGGUCCAAAUUUCAGUCUUGGAAUGGAUGAGCAGAAGAGCCCACCUGAAGACUUGCCGUUUUCGGACACUGACAUCAAUUUGGAGAUAUCGUUUGCAGAACAGGCAGCUAACCUCAAGGACAGCUCAAUAGGCAGAAUGUGCAAGGGUGGAGGGGGAGACACUCUCCUCCCGAAUUUCAGGCUGCCGAAGGACAAAACGGGUACCACAAAGAUUGGUGACCUGGCCCCUCAGGACAUGAAGAAAGUCUAUUCUUUAGCACUGAUUGAAUUAACUGCUCUCUAUGACAUACUUGGGACAGAAUUCAAGCAGCAAAAAGCUGUAAAAAUAAAAACCAAAGACUCUGGCUUGUUUGGUGUCCCACUGUCAGUUUUACUGGAACAGGAUCAGAAGAAGGUGCCAGGAACCAAGAUCCCACUGAUUUUUCAGAAGCUGAUUGCCCAGAUAGAAGAGGCGACUCUGGAAACAGAAGGACUUCUCAGGAUACCAGGAGUUGCAACAAGAGUAAAGAGUCUUUGCCAGGAACUGGAAGCAAAAUUUUACGAAGGGACUUUCAACUGGGAAAACGUAAAGCAACACGACGCAGCAAGUCUUCUCAAGCUCUUCAUCCGUGAGCUGCCUCAGCCCCUCCUCACUGUGGAAUAUCUCAAAGCUUUCCAGGACGUGCAGAAUCUUCCGACGAAGAAACAGCAACUGCAAGCCUUGAAUCUUUUGGUUCUCCUUCUACCUGAGGCAAACAGAGACACUCUGAAGGUACUGCUCGAGUUCCUCCAAAGGGUGAUUGAUCAUCGAGAGAAGAACAAAAUGACGUUGAAGAAUGUUGCGAUGGUGAUGGCCCCAAACCUUUUCACGUUUCAUGGGUUGGGCUCGAAGACCAUUGAGCAAAGCGAGUUUGUUAUGGCAGCUGGAACGGCGAACGUCAUGCGCUUCAUGAUUCAGUACCAGAAACUCCUCUGGACGAUUCCUAAGUUUAUUGUUAACCAAGUGAGAAAACAAAACACUGCAAGCCAGAAGAAGGAGAAAAAGGACAAAGCUAUGAAGAAACUUCUGAAAAAGAUGGCAUAUGACCGGGAAAAACAUGAGAAACAGGAGAAGACCCCUAAUGAUGCUGAUGUUCCUCAGGGAGUGAUACGGGUGCAGGCGCCGCAUCUUUCCAAAGUUUCCAUGGCAAUACAGCUGACGGAAGAACUGAAAGCUGGUGAUAUAGUAGCCAGGUUUCUCAGCCAGAAAAGCGGAAAUGUCCAAGCACUGAAGAAAGAAGAGGUUUUUCUUUAUGAAAUAGGAGGAAAUAUUGGUGAACGCUGCCUUGAUGGUGACACCUACAUGAAGGACCUGUACCAGCUCAACCCCAACGCUGAGUGGGUUAUCAAACCGAAGCAGAGCUAAGCUCAAAACUCGUGGCGAAAUAACAACCUGUGGACUUAUUUUGUAAGGUUGAACGUUUCAAAAGGAUGGAGUGUCCUUUCAACAUUCAGCUGCAUUAUAUAUAUUAAUAGAACCGUAUCCAGUUAUAAAGAAGUGGUGGAAACCCAACAGUGAUAAUCAGUAAAUUUUCGGUUUUACUCGCAGCAACAUUUUGGAGACAGCACAGUUUUCCCACUCGUAUUUGAAAUGAGAAAAAGUACCUUAAAUAUUUUAAUGGCACUAAUCUACCUCCCAUCUGGUAGGGCUCGUUUCAGAAGAAUUUAUUUUUCAAACAGAUGUUUAACCUCUUUCUGUUAGAGAUCUACAGUCUGUUUGUGUGGAAUUGUGUGUUCGUACGGGACUUCACAGUGCUAGUCUGCUGGAGAGCCCAAUCCUGAUCAGCACUUCUGAAUGGUACAGUAUUAAAAAUACUUAACCACAGUCAUGAAUUUCCCAGGAAAAAAACUGCAAUGCAGUAUGUUUUGUCGUCAGAAAUCCUAAUUUUUUUCACUUUCUAGGUAAAGUUUGAUGACAACUAUUUUGAAACAACUGUGAAAAUGCUUUCUAUGCAGCUUUUUUGCUAGGUCUUUUAAAUAUUUUUUAUUCUUAUUCCAGUAGAUUGUAUUCUUGAUUUUAUUUAAAAAAAAAAAAAAAAGAAGAAAAAAGAAAGGACCAUGUGACAAGGUGAGUCAUUUUUGAAGCUCACCACUCUUGGCAGUGUCCUUUUGGUAAUAUUGUCAUGCAGGGGGAAGACUUUUAGUUUUUUCAGCAAUGACUCGCAGUCAUGUUAAAUACACUGGGUUCAGGUUUUUUGGACUUCUGAUAGAUGAUGUUUUGUCAGCUGCCAAAACCUGCCAAUUACUAGCACAAUAAAAAUGUUCAGGAAGAAUAAAAUGACUGUGGAGGGAAAACGUAGUCUAAAUUUCAUAGGGAGCAAACCACCAAGCCUUUCACUCAAGAGGGGUGUAAGGCUCUACUGUGGGGUUCACAUGGGCUUUUUGGGUAUUGUGUGCCACCAGCUCUAUGUGUGGUCUGUCCUGGACGAGGCUUGGAGUCAAGUUCUGAUUUCCCUUGUGCUGAUAGAUGCUGUCUAAACCACUUCAAAAAUUAAUAGUGCAAUUCACUGAUGGUGAAUUAUAGAUGGACGUGGCUCGUGGCAGCACGAAGAGCUGUGGACUCUGUAGCUCCAGAGCCCCAGUCCCACCCCAACGCUUGGGGCUCACAAACUCGGGUACCAUAUUUACAAAAUUUCUUUGUAAACCAGCUCAGCCGUGCCCAAGUGCUCCCACCUGCACCCUGCCUGCAGCAACUACUGUGAAAUUACAUCCUCGCAACGACACAUUCUCUUUCAAUGCAUACACAAAAUUAAAUUGACCUUAUAGGGAAUAUUCUACGUACAAUCAAGGUCUGAAUUAAUUAUUUUUUUUUUUUACUUGAUCAAAGCCGAUUGAAGGAAUAAAGGGCCUUUCUGCAGAGCUUUGGAUACAGGCCCUGACUGUGGGUUUUUUUCCCAAAGUAACCACUGUGACUCUCCAUUUCCUAGAUAAGCAAUGGAACAGAACUCUGAAAGGUCAUAGAAAAAUUACACAUCUACAGAUUACUUAUCCACAGCAUACGAACAAUUUUGGGGGGGGGGGGGCGUGUCUAUUUUUUGUUUUUUAGAGUGGAAGGCUGUGUUGGAAUGGAAAGGAAGCACUGAAGGAUGCUUAAAAGCAGGAGAAAUAAUGUAGGAAAUUGUUGCAAUGUGACUGUACAGCCCUUGAUGCUCCGUGGGUCGGGUGCUGUGGGCAAACCCGGGGAGACAAAUCACUUCUCUCCAGAGAACAAACCACAUUUUCUCUUCUUUAAAUAGAAGGAGUAGAGUAGAAAACCAGUACAACGCUUAGGUAAAUAUUUAUGAAUCUAAUGUAAUAAAUGUAAGGGGUUUUUUGGGUUUUUUUUGUCAUGUAAUACAAAAACGAUGUGUGUUUUCAUAAUGCGUUAUAGUUCUGUAAAAGAUUUCCUUGUUACUGGAACUCUAGAUGUUAUUUUAAUCAGGAGCAAAGUGCAGAUGAUAGGAACAGCUGUACAGUUUCAGUGUAAAAUUACAAUUGCCCCAUGGCUAUGAUCUCUUAAAUAACUUUGUUUCUGGUUUAGUGCCAUUAUCUUUUUUAAUUUAAAAAGCUCUUUUAUAAUUAAAUGUUGGUUUUUUUCUGA